GGGGGUAAAGCCGCCCUAUUCUCACCGAAGGUUGUGUCUCCAGCUUGAUUGUCGCCAUGUCGGGGAGAGGAAAGGGCGGCAAAGGCUUGGGCAAGGGGGGUGCCAAGCGCCACCGCAAAGUUUUGAGAGACAACAUCCAAGGUAUCACCAAGCCGGCAAUUCGGCGCCUUGCCCGGCGUGGAGGAGUCAAGCGGAUCUCCGGCCUCAUCUACGAGGAGACCCGGGGCGUGCUGAAGGUUUUCCUGGAAAACGUCAUUCGGGAUGCAGUCACCUACACUGAGCACGCCAAGCGCAAGACGGUCACGGCUAUGGACGUAGUGUAUGCCCUGAAGCGACAGGGACGCACCCUGUAUGGUUUCGGAGGCUAAGCUGCCGCUUCAUUUCUGCAUCCAUCCUGCCAACGGCCCUUUUUAGGGCCAACCAUCUGGUCUUCGGAAGAGCUGGGCACUCGGGUAGAACUUUGGUAACUUUUUUUUUGGGAGUUGGGCUAAAGUCGGGUUUUGGGAAGUUCGUGAGAGGUAGGCAUUGCUAAAGUGUUAACAGCCCUGAAAACCCAAGUCAUGGGGCGCCUGGGUGGCUCAGUCGGUUGGGCGGCCGACUUCGGCUCAGAUCAUGAUCUCGA